AUGCCUCUUAAAUGCGAUACUAUAUUCCUUUCCUACUCGCUUCUCUUACUGGGCUCCAUCGUCGCCUUGAUCUGCGGCGCUCUCUCAUGGUCACGCACCCAAUCCUUCUCUUUACCUCUUCCAACAUGGCUCCCCGCCUUAACAACCCUUCUCCCUCCAUUGACCGUUACCGUCCUAGCCGCCAUCAGCAUCCUGAUCCCCAGAACAAGGGCAAAUACAACAGCAGCAACUAGCGCCGCCCAACGCGCUCUUUUCUUCAUUGACCAAGCCCACUCUAUCCUCUCCACUAUCAUCGCCACUCUAGCACUCGCCUACCUAUAUCCCGAGAACAUCCUAUCGUGCCGUCUCGAGCAACAAUGGCAGACAUACUUCAGCGCUCGGAACGUAGGCGCGAUCCGCUCGAUCCAAGAUACUUUCCAAUGCUGUGGUCUGCGGAGUACACAUGAUCGGGCUUGGCCGUUCAAGGACAAAACUCACGGCGAUGAUGCUUGUGAGCGACAGUUGGGGUUUCGACAGAGUUGCUUUGUGCCGUGGAGGGAGCAGCAGCAGAGUGUCUCGUGGAUGGUCUUCAUGGCGGCCGUACUAGUGUGGAUGGUUAAGAUUGGUUAUAUUCAGGUGGUGCGUCGGCGAAACGCUGGCUGGAUGGAAACGCGCGCGUCGCGAGGGAAUACCGAAUACCAGAGGAUUACAAAUGCAGAGAGACGGGAAGACGAGAAUGAUGGGGAUCUCGAGGAUGGUCCUGAGGAUGACAAUAGGCGGGCUAUCUUGCCGCAGGCGAAUCCUGAAUACGGUACUGAAUGGGAGGAACGCUAA